AUGCUGACCUCGCACGCAAAGGGCAACGCCAUCCAGCUCCUGUGCGCCGCCGACAGGCUGCGCGGCCUCGCGGCAGCGGGACUUCCAGCGCGCCGCGCCCUGGAAAGGGUUGCCACCCCGAAGGCCAGCUGUGCGACGCGAAAUCCAUGCUCCUCCAAGCCGCGCCCCAGAGUGCGGCUGUUCCGCCCGGUGCUGGCGGGAGCGGCGCCGCCGCCCGAGUCCUCGCCGGCGCCGAGAGCAGCGGCGCAGGGCGCGCGGAAGGGCGCGCUGCCCGCGGGCCGCGCCGAGCUCCGGCAGCCGCUGGCCGAGGCCCAGGGCGUCUUUAUGAACAAGGAGCCCGCGGAGGGCGCCACUGCCAGGGCGGUGGAGCCGCUGGAGCCCGAGCUGCUGACGCUCUCGGACGUGCCGCCCUGCAUGGAGAUCAAGAAGUGCACGUACUCCUGCUGCGACCAGGCGCAGAAGCUCUGCGGCGGCGCGUGCUGCCAGCCUGGCGAGACGUGCCUGUCGGGGCGCCUGGCGCUGCCAGCGGCGCGGCAGCCGGCGCUGGAGGCCGCGGGGAUUCCCCUGAGCUCCGCCAGCGCCCACGCCGGGGGCGUCUUGGCGGCGGGCGUCGAGAGGCAGGGGGGCGGCCGUGAGGCGCCCGCUUUCGACAGACGUGAGGAGCACUGGCAGGGGCGUCCCUUCGUGAUGACAGCCUUCCUCGGAAUGCUCAGGGCGGCCGAGGACCUCUGGAACGAGCCUGGCAUCUCGGCAGAGCAGAUCCAGAACUCGUUGGAUGACGAGGGUUCCGCGGCAAACCACGAGGUGCCUUGUAGCUUGGUCAUGGCCGUGAAAGCGCAAGUGGAUGCAUUGUCGCCGGCGGGCUUCUCGCCCGGCAGCGCGGCGGUCUCGGCCGCGGGGCCCUCGGCCAGCCAGGUCGGGGCACCUGGGCCCCGGGGGCGGGCGGUGCCGGGAAAGGUCGCGCGCGUCGCGGAGCAGGCGACGAUCGCCGAGUCAGAUCCAGGGCCGGGCCGCGUCUUCGCGGGGAUGGGCAGGCGCGCCUCUAGCUCGGACAGCGCGGCCCCGACCAGCGGCAGGUGGGGCGCUGGCUCAGUCAGCGGGGGCGCGGCCGGCGGUGGACGGGGCCUGCCAGGCCACCCCGACGAGGCAGGCGGAGAGGCGCUAUUCCCGGGCGGGCAGGCGGGUGCCAUCCAGACUCCGAGGAAGCAGGGGGGCGAUCGGGGCACUCCCGGAAAGCUCGGGGCGCUCUUGGCGAGGCGUGGCCCCGCGGGGGCGGCGGCGACGAGCGGCGCGACGCCGCCGGCUCGGCCGGGGGCGAGGGCGGCGCCGGCAGCCGUGGCAGCGGCUCCCAGGCGGGAGCGAGACGGAGACGACGUAGGUGACCAGGCCAGGAGAAGGUCGCGGAUCGCCGCGAUCUGCGCGGUCAGCGAGACGCGCGAGGGGCCGACGGUAGAGGGCGACGAAGUCUGCGCGAACGGAGGCGACUUCCACGAGGAGAGUAUGGAGCACCUCGAAAAGAUCACGGACGACGGCGAGAAGAUCGCGAAGCAGAUGCCGGUCGUCGAGAUUACCUCCAGGAUCUUGAUGGUCAAGUGGGUCGGCGCUUGCCAGGCCGGCUGCGGCGUGGGGGGUGGGCGGGCCGCGCGGGGGCUUGAGCCGUGGACCUACGGCCAUUAUAUAUAUAUGUGUGUGGCCACUGCUCCGUCCCUGCCUCGCCUGAUGGCGAUGUGGGUCAGCGCGGGGGUGGGCGGCCGCGUGCUGGCGCUUGGCGAUUGCAGUGGGGCGUUCUACCAGGUGCCCUGGGCGGAGGACGGGGUCUCUUGGAACCGCCGGCAGAAGCAGGGGCGCUCGCAGGUCGCGCGUGGGAAGCGCUGCGCGCCUUCCCAGGGCUUACUAUUUGCGCCCCAGGCAUGGGGGGAUCACGUCGCAGUGGCGAUGGGGCAGGUGGGUCUUGGUCGAGGGUGUCGCGGCGGCUGCGUCUCCGUGAGGGCCCGAGACAAGCUCGGGGCAGGAUGGCGCGGCGGUGACUACCUCGCGGCAGGGCCCCGGGGGCCAUUUGACCAACCAUGUGCGGACAACGGCGAGAUGCUUGGGCUCUCGGGCGCGGUCGAGCUGAUCAGCGCAGGUGCCCAGCAGGGGCCGAGGGCGCGGAUCUAUUAUUGGAACCAGCAUAUCAAGCAGAUCGCACAGUGCCCUACGGACGCAAAUUGGGCAGACACCGAGAGCAACGGAAUCUCCGUCAACGGCGGUGCGCUGGAGUACCGCGGAUGCACUGUGCCGUCGCGGGCGCUUGAACUGCCAUCGCUGGUGCGCGAGUGGCACGGGGGCGUGGCGCCUGUCCUGGCAAGCGACGGCAGCGGGGCUUUGCGCGUCGGGGCGAAGAGAGGACCAGGUAGGAUGAAAUACAUCGAGAUCGGAUUCUCGGCGUUGCCGCAGCGGCGCGAGCAGGGGCGCCCCGAGUUCGACGGGCCCAUGCGGGCGACAACGAAUCAGGAGACGCCUGUGAAGUUCCCCCACAUGCAGCCAGCGGAGCCACCCAAGCCGCUCCCCAACGCGCCGUUCUUCCUGCCCAGCGCCCACGAGGGUGUCACCCCCAGGCUCCGGCACGGAGGGACAGAGGAAGGGGGGGGCAGGAGGAGGAGGAGGAGGAGGAGGAGGAGGAGGAGGAGGAGGAGGAGGAGGAGAGGAGGAGGAGGGAGGAGGAGGAGGCAGGAGGAGGAGGAGGAGGAGGAGGAGGAGGAGGAGGAGGAGGAGGAGGGGAGGAGGAGGAGGAGGAGGAGGAGGAGGAGGAGGAGGAGGAGGAGGAGCCGCCGAGUGCCCCCUCCGCCCCGACCAUUUUAUUCCGCGUCGCGACGCACACCACCUCCCCCCUUCCUAUGCGCGCCCCCAGCGCCCCAAUGGGACCUCCGCCCCGUGUCCCCUCCGCUCCGAGCAUUUUCUUCCACGUCGCGACGCACGCCACUUCCCCGCCCCCCCCUUCCCCACCUGGGAUUUGGGCCGCGUUGCUGGGCCCCGAGGGGCGAUGUCUUGCCCCCUCUUCCCCCCUCCUCCUGCACCUCCUCCUCCUCUUCCUUCCUUCUGGUGCAAAAUCAAUGGCACACGUGCCACUUGUUUUCGCGGGGGGAGUUGCGAGACCUUCGAGGAGGCUCUCGCGGCGGCCCAGGCGUGCGCCAGGUGCUUGCCCCUCAAGGGCGGCUCCAAGGGGCGCCGCGGUUGCGUGGGCGAGCGCUGCGAGAUUGUUGGCAACAGGCUUCCUGGCGAGGGGCGCCAAGGAUCUGGGGGAUGCGGGCAAGCUUUAGGCCUCUCGCGAGAGACUGCGGGGCGCGUCCUCGUCGUCGUAGUCGUCGUCGUCGUCGUCGUCGUCGUCGUCGUCGUCGUCGACGUCGACGUCGACGUCGACGUCGACGUCGACGUCGUCGUCUUCGCGCGACGACCGCGGCGACGACGAUCUCCUUUUUCCCCGUCAUGCAUCCCUCGUGCGACUUGCUGGGACAAAUCGUUUAUCAUCCCCCCGAGACCUCGAGUUUUUUUUUUUCCCCCAGGUGUUAUUCUCAGGGGCGUAGGCGUUAUUCUUCUAGUGGGCCCGCCCCGGCGUCUCAUCGCGCAUUUUGCCGUGCGCCGCCCAUCCCGCCGACUGCCCCGGGGCAGCCGCGGCGCCUCUCCGGGCACUCCAAGGCUUUUAAGAAUGCUCGGGAUGACCGCGACGGCCGCCAAGAUGGCCAAAUAUGCUUCUAG